GCUAUUAUUCGUGAAUUGGGUGGUAUUCCAAUUGUUGGAAACAAAAUGAACAGUCCCAAUCACAGUAUUAAGGAGAAAGCUUUAAACGCACUAAAUAACCUGAGUGUGAAUGUUGAAAAUCAAAUCAUGAUAAGGAUAUACAUCAGUCAAGUCUGUGAGGAUGUCUUCUCUGGUCCUCUGAACUCUGCUGUGCAGCUGGCUGGACUGAGAUUGUUAACGAACAUGACUGUUACCAAUGACCACCAGCACUUGCUUGAUAGUUACAUUACAGACCUGUUCCAUGUGUUACUCACUGGAAAUGGAAGCACCAAGGUUCAAGUUUUGAAACUUCUUUUGAAUUUGUCUGAAAACCCAGCCAUGACAGAAGGACUACUUGGUGCCCAAGUGGACUCAUCAUUCCUUUCCCUCUAUGACGGCCAUGUAGCAAAGGAGAUUCUCCUUCGAGUACUUACGUUAUUUCAGAAUAUAAAUAACUGCGUCAAAACGGAAGACCAUUUGGCUAUUCAGCCUACUUUCACUAAAGGGUCAUUGUUUUUCCUGUUGUAUGGAGAAGAAUGUGCCCAGAAAAUAAGAGCUUUAGCUUCUCACCAUGAUGCUGAUGUGAAAGAAAAGGUUGUAGCAAUAAUACCAAAAUUCUGAUCAGGUGGUCAUAUUUUUCCAAGGAGUAACACAGUCUGGAGGUAACUCACAUAAACUUAUUUCUAUCUUCUUGUAUAGGGAGUCUUUCAGCUGUUGAAUUUAAACAGUAAAUAACAUGUUUCAUCAUUAACACAGCUGUAACUUGCAAUGGUCUUAAGAUUUAUUUUGGACCAUUUUAUUGAUACCAGAUGAAUAUGAGCUUGUACUGAAAACAAUUAUAUUUUUAUUUUGCCACCUGUUUACUGAGAUACUUUAGUUAUUUCCUCUACAUGAAGUGGCAGUGACCUUUUUACAUGCAAGCUACCCUUCAGUUUGAAGUGAUUUGCAAUUACUCAUCUGAGACAGCAUUAGCAGGUGGUUAAAUCAUUGUUUCAGAACUGCCGUAGAAAUGGCCUUUUUCUUCUAAGUAGCGGAGAGAUCCUGAGCUCUCAAGUCCACCUGCCAACCCAGCCAUACUGCUUUCAAAAGUCUAUUCUAACCAUUAAAAUGAUCACUUCUAGUCAAUGAAAAUGUAAACUUUUAGGAGAAAAUGUUUCCUAGGACCCACCCACACUCCCAUUCAGUGUUCCAGUAUGUAACCAUGUUACAUAUAAAAUACCGGAAUCAAUCAAAAUGUCCAUCCACAGGCAGUUUAUUAAAUCAAUUAUCCAGUCUUUGAAAAGAAAGAACCAGGUCUAAAUGUGCUGUUGUGGAAAGACAUCCAUGAAAUAUGCUUGUUUUUUUUAAAACACAUGUCAUAGAAUAAUGUGGUGUGAUCACACCUGUGGUUUUUUAAAUGAGAAAUAUUUAUGCUUAUGUACCAACAGAACACUUCUAGAAUGGUACUCAAACUUGUGGGAGUGGGACUGGGGAGUGGGGAAAUGAUUUUUCUAUGUGUACCCUCUUCUGUUUGAAUUUUUUUACUAUAAGCCUAAAUUGUAAUUUUUUAAAUAAAGAGGAAAAAAAAUCA